CUCUGCGCGUUGAUUUGAUUGACAGCGCAGCCGGCCAAUGGCGGCGCGCGCUGGGGGCAGCGGGGCGGGCCCGGCGGUGCCGGAUGAGGAGACUCUGAGGGGAAGUUUGGCCGCCGCCGCCGCCGCGGGCCCCGUGAGGAGGAGCCGCCGCCGGGAGCGCGGGCCCGGCACCGCCGCCGCCGCCAUGGGCAACCGGGGCAUGGAGGAGCUCAUCCCGCUGGUCAACAAGCUUCAGGACGCCUUCAGCUCCAUCGGGCAGAGCUGCCACCUGGACCUGCCGCAGAUCGCCGUGGUGGGCGGGCAGAGCGCCGGGAAGAGCUCGGUGCUGGAGAACUUCGUGGGCCGGGAUUUCCUCCCCCGCGGCUCCGGGAUCGUCACGCGCCGCCCGCUGAUCCUGCAGCUCAUCUUCUCCAAGACGGAAUACGCGGAAUUCCUGCACUGCAAGUCCAGGAAAUUCACGGAUUUCGAGGAGGUUCGGCAGGAGAUCGAGGCCGAGACCGAGCGCGUCACCGGAACCAACAAAGGAAUUUCCCCCAUCCCCAUCAACCUGCGGGUGUAUUCCCCACAUGUGCUGAACCUGACGCUGAUCGAUCUCCCGGGGAUCACCAAGGUCCCGGUGGGGGAUCAGCCCCCGGAUAUCGAAUCCCAGAUCCGGGAGAUGAUCCGGGAAUUCAUCGCCCGCGAGAGCAGCCUCAUCCUCGCCGUCACCCCGGCCAACACCGACCUCGCCAACUCCGACGCCCUCAAAAUGGCCAAGGAGGUGGAUCCACAGGGUCUGAGGACCAUCGGGGUGAUCACCAAGCUGGAUCUGAUGGACGAGGGGACGGACGCUCGCGACGUGCUGGAGAACAAACUGCUGCCACUCAGGAGAGGCUAUAUUGGGGUCGUUAACCGGAGCCAGAAGGACAUCGACGGUCGCAAGGACAUCCGCGCCGCUCUGGCCGCCGAGCGCAAAUUCUUCCUGUCGCACCCCUCCUAUCGCCACAUGGCCGAGCGCAUGGGGACCCCUCACCUUCAGCGCGUCCUCAACCAGCAACUCACCAACCACAUCCGGGAGACGCUGCCGGCGCUGCGGAGCAAACUCCAGAGCCAGCUGCUCUCCCUGGAAAAGGAGGUGGAGGAGUUCAAGAAUUUCCGGCCGGAUGAUCCCGCCCGGAAAACCAAAGCAUUGCUCCAGAUGGUGCAGCAGUUCGGGGUGGAUUUCGAGAAGCGGAUCGAGGGAUCCGGGGAUCAGGUGGACACCCUGGAGCUCUCCGGGGGCGCUCGGAUCAAUCGGAUUUUCCACGAGAGAUUUCCCUUCGAGCUCGUCAAGAUGGAAUUUGAUGAGAAGGAUUUGCGGCGGGAGAUCAGCUACGCCAUCAAGAACAUCCACGGGGUGAGGACGGGGCUGUUCACUCCGGACCUGGCGUUCGAGGCCAUCGUCAAGAAGCAGCUGGUGAAGCUGAAGGAGCCGUGCCUGAAAUGCGUGGAUUUGGUGAUCCAGGAGCUGAUCAACACCGUCAGGCAGUGCACCAGUAAGCUGGGUUCGUACCCGCGGCUGCGGGAGGAGACGGAGCGGAUCGUGAGCACUCACAUCCGGGAGCGCGAGGGGAGAACCAAGGACCAGAUCCUGCUGCUGAUCGACAUCGAGCUCUCCUACAUCAACACCAACCACGAGGAUUUCAUCGGCUUCGCCAACGCCCAGCAGCGGAACACCCAGACCAACAAGAAGAGAGCGAUCCCAAACCAGGGGGAGAUCCUGGUGAUCCGGAGGGGGUGGCUGACCAUCAACAACAUCAGCAUCAUGAAGGGAGGAUCCAAGGAAUAUUGGUUCGUGCUGACGGCGGAAUCGCUCUCCUGGUACAAGGAUGAGGAGGAAAAGGAGAAGAAGUACAUGCUCCCUCUGGAUAACCUGAAAAUCCGGGAUGUGGAGAAGGGAUUCAUGUCCAACAAACACGUCUUCGCCAUCUUCAACACCGAGCAGAGGAACGUGUACAAGGAUCUGCGGCAGAUCGAGCUGGCCUGCGAUUCCCAGGAGGACGUGGACAGCUGGAAAGCCUCGUUCCUCAGGGCCGGGGUGUAUCCAGAGAAGGAUCAGACGGAGAGCGAGGAGGGCGCGCAGGAAAACACCUUCUCCAUGGAUCCGCAGCUGGAGCGGCAGGUGGAGACCAUCCGGAACCUGGUGGAUUCCUACGUGGGGAUCAUCAACAAAUCCAUCCGGGAUCUGAUGCCAAAGACCAUCAUGCACCUCAUGAUCAACAACACCAAGGAUUUCAUCCACUCGGAGCUCCUGGCUUUCCUGUACUCGUGCUCUGACCAGAACAGUCUGAUGGAGGAGUCGGCGGAACAGGCGCAGCGCCGCGACGAGAUGUUGCGCAUGUACCACGCGCUGCGCGAGGCCCUCGUCAUCAUCGGCGACAUCAGCACCAGCACCGUCAGCACCCCGGUACCGCCGCCCGUGGAUGACACCUGGCUACAGCCGGCGCACAGCCCCCCCGCCCAGCGCCGCCCGCCCUCGUCUCUGCUCCCCCCGGGCCGUCCCCCGUCCCUCCGGGCUCCGGGGCCGCCGCUGCUGCCCCUGCCCGGGGGGGCCCCGGCCGCGCCCCCCAUCCCGUCCCGCCUGGGCCCCUUCGGCAGCGCCAGCGAUCCCUUCCCGGCCCCGCCCCAGAUCCCAGCCCGGCCCGCCCGGAUCCCGCCCGGAAUCCCGCCCGGAGUGCCCAGGAGGCCCCCGGCGGCCCCGAGCCGCCCGACCAUCAUCCGCCCGGCCGAGCCCUCCCUGCUGGAUUAACGUGGGAUCCACUGGAUCACCCCCCGCCCUCCCCCGCGGGGACACGGGGACAGCCCGGCCCGGCCCCGCCCCCCGGGGCUGAGCCUGAUCCCGAUCCUGAUCCCAGAUCCUGGGGCUGAUCCC